UCACGUGGCGCCCGUUGCCAUGGGGGCGCGCGCGGAUGGCUGCGCCCGCGCAGUCAUGAGGCCACUGCCGAUGGGAUGGAUUGUACCUUGCCAGCGGUAGCAGAAGAGCUUUUAAAGGAGAUCAAAAAGGCUUUUCAAGAGACUUCACACGUCCCUGAUGACCUGCUGCUGGGGCUGAAGUUCAUAUUUGGCCCUUGUGCUGUCCCAGCCUUGGAUUUGGUGGAUCAGCGUUCGGUCACUCGAGUCGUGGCCCCCAGCGGAAGGUCUGCAUACCAGGUCCUUGGGAGUUCAGGCAAGCUCUACACCUGCUACAGUUCCUGCCACUUCUGCACAUGUCCUGCUUUUGGAUUUACUGUCCUGCAGAAGAGUGAAAGCCUCCUGUGCAAACAUAUACUUGCUGUCUACCUCAGUCAGGCCAUAGGAGCCUGCCAGGAACUAACUGUCUCUGAGGAGCAGCUCACAAGCAUCUUGCUGGCUGAGGAAGAGGAGGAAGGAUGAAGGAUUUGGAUCACAUGUGGAUGUGCUGUCUGUGUACCCUCCAGGCUGUGCAGCUGGCAUUUUUCCUAUCCACAAGGCUGUCAAGUGUUCAUCAGGGCUGGCAGGUUUCUUCCUGUGCUGCAACCUACUGUGGUGUUAACAACCUUGCACUGGUAGGUUAAUUAAUACAUGUUCAGAAGCCUCUGUUGAUUUCAGUUGCAUUUAUUUAGGCUGUUCUUGGGAUUGCUGAAGAUGUUUGAACUGAUCUGUAACACUGUUUGUGAUGUGGGUAGACAAGGAGUCCAGCAGGUCUCUUGGUGACCCAUGAAACCUUGCUCACCCUGCUCAGGCUUAGUUUUAACCUCAGCACCCUCCCAGUGCCCUCUGGCUUUGUGGAGCUGGCCUCUGACAGAGUCACACUGCAGUGGCCCUUUGCAGCUGGCUCCUCCCAGCAACUUCUGCUCCCACUGACAAAGCUGUCCCAGGAUCUUGCUCUCUACAACUCCCUGAAAGGAGUGAGGUGGGGGUUGGUCUCUUCUCCCUAGAAUCAGGUGACAGAAUGAGAGGAAAUGGCCUGAAAUUGUUCCAGGGGAGGUUUAGGUUGAAAAGAGUGGUCAGGCAUUGGAACAGGCUCCCCAGGGGGUGGUGGAGUCAUCAUCCCUGGAGGUGUUCAAGAAACCUGUGGCCAUGGUACUUCAGGACAUGGUUUAAUGACCAGGGUGGUCUUAAGCCAAUGGUUGGACUGGAUGACCUCAGAGGUCUUUUCCAACCCAAACGAUUCCAUGAUUCCUCAGAGUUCUACACCCCAGCUGCUGAGCUGGGAACCAGCUCUGUGACUCCCUCCCCAGGCUCCCCCUCCCAUGAUUCACUGUGUGAACACAACACCACAAGAAAUAAAGGGGCAUGGGCUGAGGCAGGUUGUGUAGGUGGUAAGUGGAGCAUUUUGUAUGCAAAUAACAGGUACUGCAAAUACACAAUGUGGGCACCAGGAGGAGAACACAUCCCCUGUGGCCAGGAGAGCAGCACUGAGUGACAGCUGCACUCUGCAGGAGCUUCCUCAGCCCUUUGGACUUCCCAUUUUAAUAGGAACUUUGAGAGCUUUUGUUGUGAGGGGGUGAGGGAAGUGCCCUGUUUUUAUUUUGCUUGGAAAUGACUUUGGUUCAGCUCCACCAAGGCAUUUCAUGUGCCUGAAGAGCACAGUGACCCCAGGUGUAGUUAAGAAAGGCACAAGCCACACCACAGCUGGCUAGAAGGAUUCUGGCUCCUGAGAGGCAUGUGAAAGGUAGCAGCCCUGGGUGCCAAGCCUGUGGGUGCCAAGCUGCAGUGCAAGCUGCCACACAUGACCCAGUGCUCUGGGGCCUUUUCUCUCUGGAUUCCAGUGCUGUGUGUUUCA